AUGAGCGAAGGCAUCCGCCCCAUUUGCAUGCCCAAAUGGGGCCUCUCCAUGAAGGAGGGGAAGGUCGCCGGAUGGCUUGUGGGCGAAGGCGAUUCGCUCACGCCGGGCGAUGAGGUCAUCGAUAUCGAGACCGAGAAGAUCUCCAGCGCGGUCGAGGCGGCGGACGCCGGCGUGCUCAGGCGCUGCGUCGCCCAGGAGGGCGACGUGCUGCCGGUCGGCGGCCUGCUCGGCAUCGUCGCCGAUGAGAGCGUUGCCGACGCCGACAUCGACGCCUUCGUCACCGACUUCCAGGCCAACUUCGUGCCGCCCGAAGACGAUGACGAGGACAGCGGCCCCGCCACCGAGACGGUGGAGAUCGACGGGCGGCAGAUCCGCUACCUCACACGGGGCGAAGGCGGCACGCCGGUCAUCCUGAUCCACGGCUUCGGCGGCGACCUCAACAACUGGUGUUCAACCACGAGGCGCUCGCCGCGACGCGGGCGGUCCACGCCCUCGACCUGCCGGGGCACGGCAGCUCCAGCAAGGAUGCGGGCGACGGCUCGAUCGGCUUCUUCGCCGGAAUCGUCACCGGCUUCGCCGAUGCCCUUGGGGAUCGAGAAGGCUCAUCUCGUGGGCCACUCCAUGGGCGGCGCCAUCGCCCUUGCCAUGGCGCGGUCGGCGCCGGCGCGCGUUGCCUCCAUCACCUUGAUCGGCAGCGCCGGUCUCGGCAGCGAAAUCGACGGGGAUUAUCUGGAGGGAUUCAUCUCGGCCGAGCGGCGGAAGGGCCUCAAGCCCCACGUCGAGAAGCUGUUCAGCGAUCCGGCACUCGUCACCCGCCAGUUGAUCAACGACCUGCUCGCCUUCAAGCGGAUCGAUGGCGUUACCGCUGCGCUCGGCACCAUCCGGGAUGCCUUCGCACCCGGCGGUGCGCAAGCCGAAGUAAUGCGCGAUGUGGCCGGCAGCGUGCCGACGCUCGUCCUCUGGGGCGCCGGGGACCAGAUCAUUCCUGCCUCCCACGCCGAGGGCCUGCCGGACGGCGUCGACUGCACGGUGCUGGACGGCCAGGGCCACAUGGUACAGAUGGAAGCCGCCACCGAGGUGAACCGCCUGAUCGACAAACACGUCGGCUGA